GCUGGCGGAGCCUCUGGGGUUGUUUUUGCGGAGGCCGCGGCAGUGGUGGGCGGUUAGCUCUUUCUGGUAGGCGUAGUCGCUGUGCGGCUGCCUUGGGAGCCUGCGGCCGCCCGCCUUCUGCCUCGGUCUCCGCUCGAGUUGCGGCAAGUGCGGGCCUGGGAGUCCGUUCGGUUUAGUGCGCGAAGGUCUUGCGGGAAGAUCUCCGGCAGGUGGGUAGCCGCGCGGGCCUGGAGACUCGGCCUGCAGCACUGCACGCUCGGCAGCACCCGGCAGCGUUCCUCUAAGCCAGGCUGCUCGGGGAGUCCGGCCUCUGAUUCAGCACACCUGUUUCCGGGGCGCCGAAGGACGCAGGUUUUGAGUUUUUAAUGUUUUUCUUCUUUUUCUGAGUGAGCAUGAGGAAACACGGGGCGAGAGAAGCGAAUGAAGAAAAGCGUGAGCGGAAACUUGUCCAGCCUUUCCUAACACCCCUUCCCUGUGCUCUGUCUAAGAAGACUGCUGUAUCCCCAUCCUUCACCCACCAAGUGCAAGUUUCACAGGGUAUCGCUUCAGCCAGUACAGCACAGCAGUGAGGAAAACAGACGUGUCUCCUGGCACACACAUCCAGCUACAGCUUAUGAUGUCUUCUGGCUUCAGUGUGUUUAGAGCUGGGGUUGCAUUGGUUUUUAUGUGCAGUUUUUACAAGUCAACUGAAGAUUCUCUCCCAGAAUUGAGUCCUCAGCAAUUUUUCAGCACACUGCAGCCAGGAAAAGCCUCAUUAGCCUAUUUUUGUCAAGUUGGUUCUCCAAGUAACUCUGUGUUUCUUGAAGAACUGAAGGAAGCCAUUAGACCACUCCAGGACUAUGGGAUUUCAGUCGCAAAGGUUAAUUGUGUCAAAGAAGAAGCGUCAAGGUACUGUGGGAAAGAAGAGGGUUUGAUGAAAGCAUAUUUAUUCAGAGGCAACAUACUGCUCAGAGAAUUCCCCACUGACACCUUGUUUGAUGUCAACGCCAUCGUUGCACACGUUCUCUUUGCUCUGCUUUUUAACGAAGUAAAAUACGUCACCACCCUGGAAGACCUUCACAGCAUAGAAAAUUCUCUGAAGGGAAAAGCGAAUAUGAUUUUCUCGUAUGUAGAAGCCAUUGGAACACCAGAGCACAGGGCAGUCAUGGAAGCCGCUUUUGUGUAUGGGACCUCUUAUCAGUUUGCCUUAACCACUGAAAUUGCCCUUUUAGAAAAUACCGGCCCUGAGAAUAUAGGACGUGCACAUCUCUACUUCUUUCACUGUGAACUGGUCUUGGACUUGACUGAGUAUUGUAGAAGAACACCAAUGGAACAGCCACUGACUACACUGAAUAUUCACAUGUUUAUUAAGACAAUGAAAGCACCUUUGUUGAUGGAAAUAGCUGAAGAUCCUCAGCAAGUUUCAACCAUUCAUCUACAACUAGGAUUACCACUGGUUUUUAUUAUUAGCCGACGGGCUACAUAUGAAGCCGAUAGAAGAACUGCAGAGUGGUUGGCAUGGCAUCUUCUGGGGAAAGCAGGAAUUCUGCUCUUGUUGAGGGACUCUGUGGACGUGAACAUUCCUCAGCAUGCUAAUGUGGCCUUCAGAAGAGCAGAGAAGGAAUCGCCUGUGGAAUACCUGGUGUUAAAUGCUGUUGAUUUAAUAGUUUCCCAUGUGAAAAAUAGUAUGCACAUUGAAGAAAAACAAGAAACACAGGAGGAUGAAGAUGGAGAUGAGGAAGACCCAGAUCUGGCUGUUCAAGAUGAUGAAGUGGCAGGAACUGUGUACAGAGAUAGGAAGAGACUGUUGCCUUUGGAGUUGACAGUGGAGUUAACAGAGGAGACAUUUAACGCAACAAUCACGACCUCUGACAGCAUAGUGCUCUUCUAUGCUGCUUGGCAUGCAGUAUCCAUGGCAUUUCUGCAAUCCUAUAUUGAUGUGGCAAUUAAAUUGAAAGGCACAUCCACUUUCCUUCUCACUAGAAUAGAUUGUGCAGAUUGGUCUGAAGUAUGUGCAAAGCAAAAUGUUACUGCAUUUCCUGUGGUAAAGUUGUAUAAGGAAGGUGAGAGUCCAGUGUCUUAUGCUGGUAUGUUGGGAACUAAAGAUCUCCUGAAGUUUAUCCAGAUAAACAGGAUCUCUUGUCCAGUGAACAUAGCAUCCAUCCAAGAAGCAGAAAAAUACUUGCGUGGGGAGUUAUAUACAGACCUGUUCAGCUCUACUAGGAUGUCAGUACUGGGACUCUUUAGUCCAGCCAUGACAUCAGUGAAAGAAAAUUUCAGGCAAGCAGGAAAGCACCUGAGAGGCUCAGUCAUCACGGGAGUUUAUUCUGAAGAUGACGUUUGGAUACUGUCAAAGAAAUAUGCUACAACUCUCCCAGCCCUGCUGUUGGCCAGGCCCAAAGAAGGUAGGAUAGAGAGUGUCCCUCUAGACACCACCUCGGUGCAAGACAUGGUUCAGAUACUAGCAAAUGCACAACUGGAAGCAUUUCCAGAAAUCACUGUGGAAAAUCUUCCCGCAUAUUUAAGAUUUCAGAGACCAUUGCUUAUCUUGUUCAGUGAUGGCAGCAUAAACCGUCAGUAUAGGAACACAGCCCUGGCGCUGGUGAGACAGAAGCAGUUGGAUUCGUUUACCCCUUGCUGGUUAAAUCUAAAGAACACUCCAGUGGGGAGGGGAAUCUUGAAGGCAUAUUUUGGUUCUCUGCCACCGCUUCCUCAGCUGCUUUUGGUGAAUCUGCAUUCAGGUGGCCAAGUAUAUGCAUUUCCUUCAUCCCAGUCUGUGACAGAACAAAACCUUGUAUUGUGGCUUAAAAAACUUGAAGCAGGACUAGAAAAUCCCAUAACAGUUUUAUCUACUCAGGAGUGGAAACCUCCUCUUCCAGCCUUUGAUUUUCUAAGUAUGAUGGAUGCUCCUACAUCUGACGCUCCCACAAAGAAAGUUCGGGAGUGUCAGAAAGAAACAGAGAUUCAGGAGAGUGUUGAGCGGCGGCAGGGAGACAAAUCAGUAAGCAGGAGAGAGCCGCCGCCGGUUGAAUUGCUCAGAAUAAAGCGCUGGAACAAGAGUAACUGGCCCAAGGAAGCAGAGGAGUCUUCUCCGCUUGACAGGGACUUGUGAGCGGACCUUAUGGGCCCUGUCUGUGUGGCUCAAGGGUGACUAUUAAGGAAUAAUACUACAUUAUGUCAUCUCUACACAAGUACCACGGAAUGGGAUUGUGAUGCAUAUAACAUGCAAGGUUUAAAAACCAUAAAAAGACAAGACAAGAUUGACCUAAAAUGUAUUUUACCAGGAAGUAAACCCCAGACAGUUUGAAGAGUACAAAUGUGUUGAGAGAUUGGCUUUUCACAUGCAGUCUUCAAAAUACAGUGCAUUUUAUACUUCAUGCCACUCCUUACUAUGGAAAGCCAUGUUUUGAGUGCUUAUUUGCCACAGGUGGUACAUGACUAUUAUUUUGGGCAGCUCACUAUCAGACAGACACCAGUGUAAUUUGCAAAAUGGCUGUUUUAGAACAGUGACUAGUUCUCUUAACUCCCCAGCAGAGCCCUUCCCAGUUUCCAGCAACCCCUUUAAUGCUUCUUUCAGCUGUUCUUCCCCCAGUUUUCCAACAGCUUGCUUAAACAGCUGCUUCUUCCAGUUUUCCCAAUACCAGCAGCUCCAAACUAUAACAACUCUUCUAGCCUCUCUGCUCAGCUCAGGUUUUUCUGGCUCAACUGUCUUCUUACAACAUCUUCUGCACCAACUGCCUUUUCUUCUUCCUCUGCUAGCCACCCGCCCCCCUACACAUACCUCAGCUGGCUUUGUCUGUGUACGUGUUUGAUCCGGUUCCUAGAAAUCCAAGAGGCAACCAACACUGAAGGUCAUAGGGUCAAGUAGUACCGGUAAGAAUUCUUAAAGGGCUAGUUGAGUAAUAGUUGAGGAUCCUUUAAAGGUUCUGGCACACAAGAUAAAUAACACUACAUUGCUAAAUAACACGACAUUGCCCCCACCCUCAUUUGUUUUAGCUACUAAUUAUUCAGUUUUGAAACUGCCAUGCUACUGUUUUUUGCUUUUUUUUUUUUUUUGUUAUUGUUGUUUUUCUACUCUCUCCAGUGUCUUUUCCAGGGUUCUCAGGUGUCUGAUGUGUUAUUUCGCUUCAUCUCUCAGGAGCGUACCUACAAGUGAGAUAACCUAACAACAAUGCUUCUUUCCUGUAACUUGGAUGCUGCUUCCUGAACCUUUUAUACCUCUGGACUGUCUUAUCUUCUAGCACCUUGUGCUCUGGAGUUCUCUGUCCUCAGCUCUGUGAACCUUUAGCUUGCAGCCCCAACUUAGGCCUGCAGGAUGCUGUAUUUAGCAUAGUCUGUCUUGUUGUGGCUCUGCAUUGUGGAUGGCUCUGUAUUGCAGGAGACCAAAGUCCUGCUUAUAGGCCUGUCAGUGGUUAGGAGCUGAGUGUUUCUUGACAGGCUUUUCUGGCUGGCAGGGGAAGGCAGUGGCUACUCAGGCUCUCUUCUUUGCUCUUUUUGGGUCAGUGGUCAAGGUUUUCAGAAGAUCUUCCCUGCUCAACUCUGAGCUAUAUUACUUUCACAGCUUUUUAUUUCCUGUGGAAAUAUAAACAAAUCCACAUCCCCAAUGCAAAACAUGCAUUGACUUCCAUUCUGGCCAUAACACAUCCUUAUACUAUAUAAGCCUAUUUUAUCCUACAGCUUUUUUUCUAUAAACCCUAUUAAGUUUAUAAAGUCUCAGCUGCUGUUUCAUUCUUGUUAAUGUUCAGAAAAUUUAAAGUUAACAGAGCACUAUUUGGUCUAUCCCUGGUGGUAUUUAUUUUUCCCUUUGUGUUUUAUAAGCAUUUCCUUUAAGGUGCAGCUAGAUCUUUAUACAACUGCUUGUCCUGUAGAUUUGUGUGCUAUACCUGUAAUGUGCUUUAUAUUAUAAUAUGCAAAUAAUUGCUUCAUCUUAAUGGAGACAUAUGAAGAUACAUUGUCAGUCUUUGUACCCGUGUCUCUUAGGAUCUACAUGAUAUCCAUCCAAGCCCUUCUGGCUUUCAUACUCUCUGUAGAGAAGUCAGGUGUGAUUCUUAUGGGUUUGCCAUUAUGUUACUUGGCCUUUUUUCCCUUGCAGCUUUUAGUAUUUUUUCUUUGUUCUGUGCACUUACUGUUUGAUUAUUAUGUAGCAGGAGGAUUUUCUUUUUAAUCCACCUUUUUAAGAGGUGUUCUGUAGGCCUCUUGUAAUCUUAUAGGCCUCUCCUUUAAGUUGGAGAAAUUUUCUUCUAUGAUUUUGUUGAAGAUAUUUUCUGGGCCUUGGAGAUGGGAAUCUUCUUUUUCCUCUAUUCCUGUUCUUCUUAGAUUUUGUCUUUUCAUGUUGUCUUGGAUUUCUUGGAUGGUCUGUUAGUAAUUUUUUAGGUUUAAUAUUUUCUUUGACGGAUACAUUGAUUUCUUCCAUUGUAUCUUCAACACCUGAGAUUCUUUUCUUUCAUCUGUUGUAGUCUGUUGGUUAUGCUUCUCUCUGUAGUUCCUGUUCUCUUUCCUAAGUUCUCCCUCUCCAUGAUUUCCUCUGUUUGUGUUUAAUUUUUCUAUUUCUAUCUUCAGAUCUUGAAUUGCUUUUUUGAUUUCCUUUACCUCUCUGUAUUUUCCUGCUUUUCCUUCAGUUCCUUCACCUAUUUGUUUGAACUUUCCUCCAUUUCUCUUAUUUCAUUCAGUGAUUUAAUUAUUUCCUCUCUAAAGGUCACAAACUGUUUGGCUGUAUCUUCCUGUAUUUCUUUAUGGAUGGCCACAAUCUGUUUGGCUUUAGUUUCCUCCGUUGCUUUACACAUUUUGUCUGUUUCCUCUAUUAUCCUCCUCAUAAGCAUAGAUGUAAGGUCAUCUUCUUGAAUUUCACUUAUGUUACGGUGUCCAGAGCUACUUGCCCCUAGAUAACUGGGUUCUGGAGAUGCCAUAUUGCUUUGGCUUUUGUUGAUUGGGCUUUUAUGCUGGCCUUUACCUAGCUGGUUGUCUCAGGUGUUGGCUGUUAGUUUCUGGUGCCUGCUGAAGUCCUGAGGUGGGGAGAAUCCCCUUGGCAGGAAGCUGGUUGUUCCUGAAGGAACCCUCGGCUUUUUGGGUAUGGUCACCGAAUGGCUGGUGCUUCUCAGGGAAUUGUCACAGCUCACCUCAGCCAUAUGGACCUGUGUGGUGUCUUGUCCUUGGUAGCUGCAGGGAUGUCCUCGCACCAGAAGAAGUCCUGGAGAUGGCUGCCCUGCCACUGACUUCCUUGCUCUGAAUUAGUGAAUUGCUGCUGUUCACCCACUGUUUUCUGGGCGCAGCCCUCUUGACAAAACCAGGGAGCCUUGAGGUUUGGUCAGUUUAGCUAGGGAGACAGGUUGUGCUUUGGAGCAUAUCUGGGGGCUGACCCCAAGGGGGUCCCAGGCUUCUUAGGUCUGAGGCUGAAGCUCUGUGCCCCAGUAACCAAGUAGUAUUCACUGGCAGGUGAGCACAGCACACAGGUAUGUGGCCGAAGGCUAGAGCCCUGAGUCUGUGGGAACCCAGGAACUUUUGUGGGGAUUAGCUGGGUGUUCUGAAAUCUGACCUGAUGUUUCCUUCAUGUGCGGUUUCCUCUCAAUAGGGAGACCCAGUCUGUUGUGUUUUGGAAUGCACAGUUCAGUCUGGGAUGGUGAGUAGAGCAUGCAGGUGCAGGUGAGUGGCUCUUCGCUGGCGACUGGGCACCUGCGGGAACCCAGGAAUUUUUUCGAGGUGGGUCGGUUGGCUGGGCGCCUUGAGGUUGGACCUGAUGUUUCCUGACAGGGAAACCCAGUUUCUGGUGUUUUGGGGCCCACAGUUCUGUCUGGGACGGUGAGUCUAGCGUGCAGGUGUGUGGCUCAGGGCUGGCGACUGAGUGACUUCCGGAGCAUAAGUCCUUUCCAGAGGUUGUGUGGGUGACCGGAGGUUGGUUGGCCCAAUUGCUUCCUUCACCGUGGGGUUUUUCUUGACUGGAAAACCCGUUCUCUGGUGUUAUGGGGCCCAUAGUUCAGUCUAGGAUGGUGAUCAGAGCACGUAGGUGUGUGGUUCAGGGCUGGCAACUGAGCACCUGCCAGGACCUGGGGACUCUUCUCGGGUUUAGCUGGGUGACCUGAUCUUGGACAAAAUUGAUUCUCACAUUGUGAGGUUUCCUCUCACCUGGGAAACACAAUCGCUGGUGUCUUAGGGCCUACAGUUCAGUCUGUUGGUUGCUGUGCAGUCACUGCUGUCCUGCUUGUCAGACACAGUAUAUGCUGUUGGCACCGCCAUCUUGGAUCUCUGUCCUGAUAUCAUGUUUUAACUACUAUUACUUGAGCAUCAGUGAGAUGGCUCAGUGGGAAAUGUUUGUGGUGUCUGAAGCUGGAAACCUGUGUGGGAACAUGAAGGAUCAUGAGACAUCAAAGAAUAUAUCUGCAGUGCAUCAAGCCAUGCUGUGAGAUAACACAGUUGAUUGCCAGAUUUUACUAGUUUAUUACAUCUUUAUAAGAUAAAAUGAAAAUGCAAAGCUUUCAUUUGACAUAUUAAACACAUUCAUAGGGUUGACAGAAUUGGACUAUUUAACAUUCCUUGUGGAAGAUCUUUCCACUGAUACCUUUUUACAGGUUUAGCAUUAUAACUAGGCACUGUUGUGGGGAUUGGUCCAAUACUUAUAUCCUGAUGCUGAUUACUGGCCCUCAAGAUCUGGUUACUGCCUGGAUAAGCCUAUCCUUGUUGUGUAAAUCUGCAAGACAUUGUACCUGAUUGGUUGCUUAAAGGCCUAAAACCUGGGCAAGGCACAAUGGGGUAGUCAUGGCCAUGGUUUCCAGGCUUUGGGUUCAAGAAAAUCAGGGGAAAUAGACAAGGCAGGAAGAGAGGAGGCAGGACGACACCACGAUGGGUUAGCAGGGAGAAGAAAUCAUGGGCUAGGAGGAAACACUCUAAGGAUGGCAUGGAUUGAAAAAAAAAAAAAAAAACACCAAAUAUAAGCAAAUAUUCCUAAGAUUAUGGAUGGAAGGUAGCCCAGGUGAGGAUGGUUAAGGCAGAUGACAUUGAAUGGAAGCUGGGAGAUGGAUGGGGAGAUUAUGGAGACAGCAUAGCUGCAAUAUCUGCCCAGGCAAUUAUAAAAUUUAACAGGAGUUAAUUUGAUUAGUUGUGGUAAUGGGUUAAAUAAUACUACUGUAAUAAUCACAGCAUAAUAAUAAACAACAUAUAGCCCAAUAUCAUUUUUAAUUUGCCAACAACACACUGUGAAAGCAGGUUUUUUUUUUUUUUGUUUUGUUUUUUUAAAUCUGGCUCUUGCAAGGGGAUAGUAAAAAACAGUCCUUUUAAUCAAUUAGUUCAUAGGCCAUGCCUUAGGUAAUGAAGGUAAAGAAAUUCCUAGCUGUAGUGGACCUAUUGGUUAUCUUAUUCACAGUUCUCAAAUCUGUUAACAUUCUUCAUUUUCCAAAUUUUUUUUUUAAAAAAACAAAUAAGGGAAUUACAUGGGCUGUUAGACUCUUCUAUAUGUUGAGCCUCCAGCUGCUCAAAUUUCUGUAAUUUUUUUUCUUAGUUAAGGGCCAUUGAUCUACCCACACAGGCUGUUAGUCUUGUUAGUCAAUCAUUUUAAGGGUAGGGCUGUUGGUAUAAUGUCAGCAGUGGCUCCCCCUUAUAAAUGUAGAAACUCAUUUCUUGUUGUGUCCUGUUUUCAGACAACCUGUACAGGCUGUGGGUGUUCUGGAUGAUAUUUUUUAGUACCUUCCCCCAAAUCAUCUUUCAUUUUCACCUUUAAUUUUAGGGAUUGUCUCUGGUAUUGAGGGAGUAUUAAUCUGAGUUCCCCACUGCUGUAAUAAAUCUUAUCCUUAUAAAUUCAUAGCUAUGUCAGCCAUAUAAGGCCUUAACUUUCCUCUUUGAUCUUCUGGUCCCACAUAUUUAACCCAUUACACACUUUGUUUUAUCUGAGAUAACUUUCCAAGUACUAGAAGCUGGGUGUAAAUCUUUUGAUUCUAAGUGUUUUGUAAAAUGAUAAUUACAUCAUCUCCCAUAUCCACCAAACCUUCUAUUUCAAUGUUAUUCACUUGCAACUUCAAUUUUGUCCUCUGAUCAUUAACAACUUUGCCAAAAUACGUUUUUCUGUACUUCCAAGCCUUCCUGGUCUUCCUACUGGAUCAGUUUGCCUUUGAUAUAGGGAAAGAGUAACAUCUGAACAGUCCUAGCACUUGUAGUAAAUUGCAUAACCCCUGUUAUGUAAGCUACUAUUUUAAUUUCUUUGAAAUCUUCAUCUAUAAUUUCUGGAUGUACAGUGAAUCCUUGGGAAGUCAAACUGCUCCUUCCCAAGACCAUUCCUACUGUCUCUGAGAGCAAAGGACCACAAACUCAAGUAGUUAUUUUGUAACAUUGAAUUUUUGAACCUGUUCUUGUAUGUCAGCAUAUGGACCUUCACUUAUCAGUUUAUCCCUUUUCUGCCUUUUGCACUACAAUACUUGAAAUUAAGCCUCCCAUUCUGCCUUAUCUCAUGUUGGGUGCCACUUGUAAAAUGGCCAGCUAUUUUAGGCCAGUAACCAGUUCUCUUAACUCCCUGCCAGCCCUCCUCCCAGUUUCCCGCCCAGCCCCUUCAAACAUUUCUCCCAUCUGUUCCUCCCUAAGUUCCCCAACAGUCUGCUUAACUCUACUUUUCCCAAUGUCAGCAGCUCCAAACUACAACUGUUCUAACCAAUCUGCUCAGCUCAGCUUUUCCUGGCUCAACUGUCUUCUAACAACAUCUUCUGUACCAACUGCCUUCUCUUCUCAUCUUCUUACUCUGCUGGCCUCUUCCUCUUUUUUCCACCUCAGUUCUGUGUUUGUGUGUGUUUAAUAACCUAUCAUGUUCCUAGAAAUCCAAGAGGCAACCAACACUGAAGGUCAGAGAGUCAGACAGUUCUGACAGCUAAGAUUCUUAGAGGGCCAGUUGACUAGCAACUAAGGGGCCUUUUAAAAGGGAGCCAGCACACAAGAUAAAUCACACUGCAGUAAUUCACCUUGUUCUAGCUAUGAUGUGUAUUUGAAUCAAACUGGAAUGUAAUUACUGAAUCAUCAUUGACUCUAUAGUAGAAUCAUAGCUUAGAGUUGUACUUAUUUUCUUGAAGUCAUGUUAAAACCAGUACUUUCAGUUCUGCUUCUAUGGAUAUUUGGCAAGGUGAAGAAAGUUUUAAUAUGACUUAGUGACACUGCUAGCAAUCCCAACUUCCUCCUAAUCCCAACUUCCCACCCUCCUCUUCUAUGCCCUCUUCCCCCCCCCCCAAGUCCACUGAUAGGGGAGGGCCUCCUCCCCUUCCUUCUGACCCUAGUCUAUCAGGUCUCAUCAGGACUGGCUUCGUCUUCCUCUGAGGACUGCUGCUCAGAGGCUGCUCCCCCCUCAGGGGGAGAUGAACAAAGAGUCAGCCCAUGAGUUCAUGUCAAAGAUUGUCCCUGUACCUAUUAUUGGGGAACCCUCUUGGAUACUGAGCUGCCAUGGGCUACUUCUGUGCAAGCAUGCUAAGUUAUCUCCAUGCAUGGUCCUUCUUUGGAGUAUCAGUCUCAUAAAAGACCCCUGUGUCCAGAUUUUUUGGUUGUGUUGCUCUCCUUGUGGAGCUCCUGUUCCCUCCAGGUCUUUCUAUCUCCUGCACUCUGCCCAAAGUUUGGCUAUGAAUCUCAGCAUAUGUUUUGAUACCCUGCUGGGUGGAGUCUUUCAGAAGCCCUCUGUGAUAGGCUUCUGACCUGUUCUCUCUUUUCUCCCUCUUCCAAUGUCCAUCUCAUUUGCCUUUCUGAAUGAAGAUUGAGCAUCUUACCCGGGUCCUCCUUCUUGAUUAGCUUUUUUAGGUGUACAGAUUUUAGUAUGAUUAUCCUACAUAAUAUGUCUACUAUCCACUUAUAAGUGAGUAUAUACUGUGUGUGUCUUUCUGCUUCUGGGAUACCUCACUCAGGAUGAUCUUUUCCAGAUUCCACCAUUUGCCUGCAAAUUUCAUGAUUUUCUUGUUUUUAAAGGCUGAGUAGUAUUCCAUUAUGUAAAUGUAACACAAUUUCUGUAUCCAUUCCUCAACUGAGGGGCAUCUGGGUUGUUUCCAGCUUAUUACAAAUAAGCUGCCUAUUGAAAACAGCUGCUACGAACGAACAUGGUUGAGCAAAUGUUCUUGUUGUGUACUUGAACAUAUUUUGGAUAUAUGCCUAGGAGUGGUAUACCUGGAUCUUGAGGUAGCACUAUUCCUAAUUGUCUGAGAAUGCACCAGACUGAUUUCCAAAGUGGUUGUACAAGUUUACAUUCCCACCUGCAAUGGAGUAGGGUUCCUCUUUCUCCACAUCUUGUCCAGCAUGUGUUGUCACUUGAGUUUUUUAUCUUAGCCAUUCUGAUGGGUUUAAGGUGAAAUCUCAGGGUCAUUUUGAUUUGCAUUUCCCUGAUGACUAAGGAUGUUGAACAUUUCCUUAAGUGUUUCUCUGCCAUUCAGUAUUCCUCUAUUGAGAAUUCUCUGUUUAGCUCUGUACCCCAUUUUUUUAUUGGGUUACUUAUUUGUUGUCAAAACCGUACAAUGGAAAAAAAGAUAGCAUCUUCAACAAAUGGUGAUGGUCUAACUGGAUAUCUACAUGUAGAAAAGUGCAAAUAGAUCCAUACUUAUCACCCUGCAUAAAACUAAAAUCCAAGUGGAUCAAAGACCUCAAUAUAAAAAUAGAUACACUAAACGUUUUAGAAGUGGAGAAGAACCUUGAACUCAUUGGCACAGGGGAUAACUUCCUGAACAGAACACCAACAGCACAGGUUCUAAGAGCAACAAUCAAUAAAUGGGACCUCAUGAAACUGAAAAUCUUUAGUAAAGCAUCAGAACAAAACAACAACCUACAGAUUGGGAAGGGAUCUUCACCAACCCUAUAUCUGACAGAGGGCUAAUCUCCAGAUAUAUAAAGAACUUAAUAAGUUGAACAGCAACAAAUCAAGUAACCCAAUCAAAAAAUGGGGUAUAAAUUAAUUUUUAAAAAAGACUUAUUUGCAUUUCAUGUGUAACAGUAUUUGACCUGAAUUUAUGUAAAUGCACUACAUGCAUACCUGGUGCCUGUAGAGGUUAGAAGAUGGCAUUGGAUCUCUGGGAACUGGAAUUAUAGUUGGUUGUAAACUGCCACAUGGAUGCUGGGAACCAAACUGGGGUCCUCUGCAAAAAUGGCCAGUGCUCUUGUCUAAUGAGCACUCUUUUCUCUCCAGCCACAAUUUUCAUACUUGGAAGAAGCAAUAAAAGUCUCUCCAAAGGGACUUACAAUAUAUGUAGGUCUGUGUGCACCUCUCUGAAUGCAUAGGUGUGCAUUUUAAGUCUGCAGUUUUCUGUAUACAUCUGCAUGUGUUAUAAGGGAGUCCUAGAUGAGCUCUUACCUAAGUUAGGUUGCUGAUUUCAGAUUAAAUAGAAAGCAAACAUUCUGCUACUAUUUCCAGCAAAAGAGGCUGCCCUAUCUGAGUCAUGUCUGAAAUCUACCCUUUUAGCUUGGGACAGUUACUGGUCUCCCUGGGCUAUAGGACUUGCCUUUAUAAUGAGAGUACAGAAAUAGCUAACAGUUCAUUUUUCCUCUGGACCCAGACACUGCUGGUUGCUUUGUCUGCAGUGAAUCUGGCUCACUGUUGCACUGUGCAUUGUCUGAGGUAUUUGUUGAGAACACUUGACUUGUAUUUCUGUAUUUCUCUUUGUUGUUUAUAUUGUUAAUUACAUUUUCUACAUGUGUAACAUGUACAGUAAAAGUGAAUUUCAUAACUGGAAUUUUAUAGUUAAAUUUCAAUAAACCUGUACAGUGUGUUUUAUUGUCACAGA